AUGAAUGUAUUGCGGUGGGAAUGUUGUUCGUUUCUGCAUACUGGUCGUGAACGUCUAAUAAAUAUGGCUAAAAAGGGGAAAUCAGCCAAAGAAGUGAUAAAAUUAAUUAAUCGAUCUAGCUUGGCACAUAUGGAAUCAGAGAUAUUAGACAAUUCUACCAUUCCAUUAUGGAAAAGUCAGAAGUUGGCACUUCGAGAUAAGUUUGAAGGUAAAGGUUGGAACCCCAAGAAGAAACUGUCAAGGACAGAAAUGGAUAGUAUUAGGUUACUCAGGGAACAAUUUCCUGAUUUAACUGCGUCUGAUUUGGGGGAACGAUUCAAAGUGUCUCCUGAGGCAAUUAGACGUAUCUUAAAAUCCAAGUGGAAACCAACUGAAAGUGAAAAUACUGUGAUUCAUCAAAGAUGGAAGGAAAGAGGGGAACGAAUUAAAGAAAUGUAUGAAACUACAUACGAAGAGCAACCUAAAAAUAUAGAUAUUACUCCUGCCAUGAAAAUUCUCUCCUCCAAGAACAAUUCUUCUGAACUAAUAUUCAAAGCUUUUAAGAAAGAGAGUAGAAAGAAACGACCUGUAAAUAAUAAUAAUAAUAAUAAUGACAUCAAUCGCCAUAAGAAAAAUGAUAUUCGUAAUAGGAAAGAUAAACUAUAUCUUUUGGAAAGAAGCAUAUCCAAGAAUACUACAAAAAUAUAG